AUGCCGCAGGCCAGUUCUUUGCCCGCCUGGGCCGAGCUCCAGAAGCACCGCAACACCGUUGGCGAGUCCUUUGUGCUCAAGGACGCCUUCGCCAAAGACCCCAAGCGCUUCGACAAGUUCACCCGUGUCUUCAAGCUGCCCGCCGACAUUGCCAGCGACGGUACCGAGACCGACAUCCUCUUCGACUUCAGCAAGAACUUUCUGACCGAGGAGACUCUGGCUCUGCUGCUGAAGCUGGCCAGCGAGGCCAAGGUCGAGGAAAAGCGCGAGAGAAUGUUCAAGGGCGAGAAGAUCAACUUCACCGAGGACCGCGCCGUCUACCACACCGCUCUGCGCAACGUCGGACCUGAGCCCUGGACCAUGACCGUUGAUGGUGUUGAUGUCGUCAAGACCCCUGGCGGUGUCAACGACGUGCUGAAGCACAUGCAGGAGUUCAGCGAGGAGGUCCGCAGUGGCGCUUGGAAGGGUUUCACCGGCAAGAAGCUGACCAACAUUGUCAACGUCGGUAUUGGCGGUUCAGAUCUUGGCCCCGUCAUGGUCACCGAGGCCCUGAAGCACUACGGCGCUGCUGACACGACCUUGCACUUCGUCUCCAACAUUGACGGCACCCACAUGGCUGAGGCCCUCGCCGCGUCCGACCCCGAAACCACCCUGUUCCUGAUCGCCUCCAAGACCUUCACGACCGCCGAGACCACCACCAACGCAAACACGGCCAAGACCUGGUUCCUUGAGAAGACUGGUGGCAAGGGUGAUAUUGCCAAGCACUUUGUGGCUCUGUCCACCAACGAGGCUGAGGUCACCAAGUUCGGCAUUGACAAGAAGAACAUGUUUGGCUUCGAGUCGUGGGUUGGCGGUCGGUACUCCGUCUGGAGUGCCAUUGGCCUGUCGGUCGCCCUCUACGUUGGCUACGACAACUUUUACAAAUUCCUGGCUGGCGCCCACGAGCUGGACAAGCACUUCCGCGAGACCCCUCUGGAGCAGAACAUCCCUUUGCUGGCCGGUGUCCUGAGCGUCUGGUACUCGGACUUCUACAACGCCCAGACCCACCUGGUUGCUCCCUUCGACCAAUACCUUCACCGCUUCCCUGCCUACCUCCAGCAGCUGUCCAUGGAGUCCAACGGCAAAACUGUCACCUCGGACGGCUCGUCGGCCAAGUACACCACCGGCUCCAUCCUCUUUGGAGAGCCCUGCACCAACGCCCAGCACUCCUUCUUCCAGCUUGUCCACCAAGGCACCAAGCUGAUCCCUACGGACUUCAUCCUGGCCGCCCAGUCGCACAACCCGCUGUCCGACAACGUGCACCAGAAGAUGCUGGCCUCCAACUACCUGGCCCAGGCUGAGGCUCUUAUGGUCGGCAAGACGGCCGACGAGGUCCGUGCCGAGGGCGGCGUCUCCGACGAGCUUGUGCCCCACAAGGUCUUCCUCGGCAACCGCCCAACCACCAGCAUCCUCGUCGGCGGCCACAUUGGCCCCGCCGAGCUGGGUGCGCUGAUUGCCUACUACGAGCACGUCACCUUCACCGAGGGUGCCAUCUGGGACAUCAACUCGUUCGACCAGUGGGGUGUCGAGCUGGGCAAGGUCCUGGCCAAGAAGAUCCUCAAGGAAAUUGACGAGGAGGGCAACGGCACGGGCCACGACUCCUCGACCGGCGGUCUGCUGGCUGCUUUCAAGAAGUACUCCAAGGUCUAA